AUGCGUGGAGCUGCUGUCAUUGCUACCCUGGCCACAGCCGUUUCGGCCAAGUUCUUCAACAUCCAGGCCGUAGAGGACUACGAUUGGGACGUCACACAAUGGACCGCCGGUUGUGACGGAGAUGGCUGCUACUACGACUUCAACGUGUCCGGUAUUGCGUCCGACAGAAAUCCCGCACGCCCGGCGUUCCUAGCCUACUGUUCUGGCUCCGGCGAGGGCGCACCCUAUGAAGAGUGCGACCUCCUCGACGAGGCCGCCGUUGCCCGCCGCGUCGUUGCAAAGCUUCUUCCAGCCACCCGCUCCAACGGGUCAGAUACCGUCGCCCACAUCCAAGUCAGCUUCCAGUAUACUGACCUCGAGGUUGACACCACCUGGUGGAACUUCACGGGCCACGGCGAUGCGUCUUACAACCAAUUCGUCGCACCGGCCCUGGAUUUCACGAUCAAGCCCGACACUGUCGCCGGCGUCGCAUAA